AUGAGGACUCUCAACACCUCUGCCAUGGAAGGCACCGGGCUGGUGGCGGAGAGGGACUUCUCCUUCCGCAUUCUCACAGCCUGUUUCCUGUCGCUGCUCAUCCUGUCCACCCUCCUGGGGAACACGCUGGUCUGUGCCGCCGUGAUCAGGUUCCGCCACCUGCGAUCCAAGGUGACCAACUUCUUCGUCAUCUCCUUGGCUGUGUCGGAUCUCUUGGUGGCCGUCUUGGUCAUGCCCUGGAAAGCAGUGGCCGAGAUCGCUGGCUUCUGGCCCUUCGGGUCCUUCUGUAACAUCUGGGUGGCCUUUGACAUCAUGUGCUCCACCGCAUCCAUCCUCAAUCUCUGUGUCAUCAGUGUGGACAGGUAUUGGGCCAUCUCUAGCCCCUUCCGGUAUGAGAGGAAGAUGACUCCCAAGGCAGCCUUCAUUCUGAUCAGUGUGGCGUGGACUUUGUCUGUUCUUAUCUCCUUCAUCCCCGUGCAGCUCAGCUGGCACAAGGCAAAACCCACAGGUCCCUCCGAGGGGAAUGCCACUUCCCUGAGCAAGCCCAUCAACAGCUGUGACUCCAGCUUGAGCAGGACAUAUGCCAUUUCAUCCUCUCUAAUAAGCUUUUACAUCCCUGUGGCCAUCAUGAUUGUCACCUACACGAGGAUCUACAGGAUCGCCCAGAAACAAAUACGGCGCAUCUCAGCCUUGGAGAGGGCAGCAGUCCAUGCCAAGAACUGCCAGACCACUACAGGUAACGGAAACCCCAUGGAAUGUUCUCAACCAGAAAGCUCCUUUAAGAUGUCCUUCAAAAGAGAGACUAAAGUUCUGAAGACCCUGUCGGUGAUCAUGGGGGUGUUUGUGUGCUGCUGGCUUCCUUUCUUCAUCUUGAACUGCAUGGUGCCCUUCUGUGGGUCUGGAGAGACCAAGCCCUUCUGCAUCGAUUCCAUCACCUUCGACGUAUUUGUGUGGUUCGGGUGGGCAAAUUCCUCCUUGAACCCCAUCAUUUAUGCCUUUAAUGCUGAUUUUCGGAAGGCAUUUUCCACCCUCUUAGGAUGCUACAGGCUUUGCCCGACUACGAAUAAUGCCAUAGAGACGGUUAGCAUCAAUAACAACGGGGCUGUGGUAUUUUCCAGCCAUCACGAGCCUCGGGGUUCCAUCUCCAAGGACUGCAAUGUGGUGUAUCUGAUCCCACAUGCUGUGGGCUCCUCCGAGGACCUGAAGAAGGAAGAGGCAGGGGGAAUAGUCAAGCCCUUGGAGAAGCUGUCCCCAGCCCUGUCUGUCAUUUUGGACUAUGACACUGAUGUCUCUCUGGAGAAGAUCCAGCCCAUCACACAAAAUGGACAGCACCCGACCUGA